ACAGUAUCGACAGCGCAGCAACUUAAAUAAUUUAGAGUAAGAAUCAAUCAAACUGGUAGCAGUGCCGGCGUAAUCUAUCAGAGCACCAAAAGUUUUAUACAAAUGAAUCAUAAUCACCUAAAUCUGUCACCAUCUAAUGUCAAAACCACUCACCAUGCCACUUAUAUACAUCCAAGACUAAUGCCUGGAUAUCGAGGACACUGUCCAGGUGAAAAAUUUGAUUAUGGUCUAACAUAUGGUGCUUAUACAUGUAAACAAUUUCAAGAUUAUCGUUCAACAGUUCUUCAAUCAUCUAUGACACCAUAUAAAGAUGGAGGAAGUUUUCCGACAUUCUAUUCACAUAAUCCAGAAAUUGUUAUUAAUAAAAGAAUACAAGGUCGUGAAAGAUAUGGUGACAGAUUCCACUGUCAACUUUAUAAUAAAGAUAAUGAAAGAUCAUAUGAACUUAGAAAUUUCGAUCUAGCUGCUCAAAAACACCGUGAAUUCUAUAAAGAUAAAACGGGAACCAAGAAACCUGUGCCCGAAUUUCUGAUUCCUACAACUAAUAUGCAAUUUAUCAAAGAAAAAUUUCAAUUCUAAACAAUUUUACCAUUAUGAUGAAUUUCCAUCAUGAAGACAAUAGCGGAUUCGAAGGGUAAUAGAUGCUCUGGUUUACAAGUGGCAUUUGUCAUUUAUUUGAAGGGGAGAGGAUAGCCUUUAUACUCAUUGGUAAGAUGACACAGGUGAACACAUGAAGCUUAAUGAUAACUGUGAUCGAUUGACUUAGCCGCCUCCUUCUCGAGACCUACAUUUUGA